CUCUGCCUGUGUUAGACCGCGUCACUUGUCGUAUCGUCUUGUCCUGCCACACUGAAGCAAACUGCUGAACGAAAUUGAGGAGGAGCUAGGCAUGGGACGGGAAAGGCGCUCGCAGGCGCGCGUCUAUGCUAAUGUAAACGAACAAUUGGGGAGAUCAUGGUGGGACUACGACAACCUCCAAGUGCAGUGGGGUAGUCAAGAUCAUUACGAGAUUGUGCGGAAAGUGGGUCGGGGAAAGUAUUCUGAGGUCUUCGAGGGUAUCAAUAUUGUCACCGAUACCAAGUGCAUCAUCAAGGUGCUCAAACCAGUGAAGAAGAAGAAGAUAAAGCGCGAGAUUAAAAUCCUUCAGAACCUCGCCGGCGGACCCAACAUUGUUGCCCUUCUUGAUGUUGUGCGAGAUCCAGCGAGCAAGAUUCCCAGUCUUGUCUUUGAAUGCGUCAACAAUGUUGACUUCAAGAUCCUUUACCCUAAGUUCUCGGACUACGAUGUCAGGUUCUACAUAUUUGAGUUGUUGAAGGCAUUGGAUUACUGCCAUUCUAAGGGUAUCAUGCACCGUGAUGUCAAGCCACACAACGUGAUGAUCGAUCAUGAACGACGCAAACUCAGACUCAUCGAUUGGGGAUUGGCUGAAUUCUAUCAUCCCAAUACCGAGUACAACGUGCGUGUGGCAAGUCGAUACUUCAAGGGUCCGGAACUGCUCGUCGACUUCCAGGAGUACGACUACAGCCUCGACUUGUGGAGCCUAGGGUGCAUGUUCGCGAGCAUGAUAUUCCGGAAGGAACCCUUUUUCCAUGGCCAUGACAACUACGAUCAACUGGUGAAGAUCGCCAAAGUAUUAGGCACCGAUGAGCUUAAUGCCUACUUGGAGAAAUAUGACAUCGAACUCGACAGCCAGUAUGAUGAGAUCUUAGGACGCUACCCUCGCAAGCCAUGGUCUCGCUUCGUCACGACAGAUAACCAACGUUAUAUCACAAAUGAAGCCAUCGAUUUCCUGGACAAACUCUUGCGCUAUGAUCAUCAGGAGCGGCUCACCGCAAGGGAAGCGCAGGAUCAUCCCUAUUUUGACCUUGUCAAGCAGCGUGAGAUGAUUGCCGAUGUCAGUGGGGAGGAGUCGGGCUGAAGGGAUUUCACCCUGCUCAACCCCCCUCCCCUCUCUUCCCCCCUCUCCCUCCCUCAUUUUCUUCCCUUCGUCAACUUCCGCAAGUGCCCCUCUUUCGCACCCGAAAUUCUGUUUUCUCAUCUCCUUCCUUGUUGUCUUACAUCCCGGCUUGGUAUUAUACAAUAUGAUGGCGUAGGACCGAAUGUGUUACGGUCUUUUGCUACGAUGUUGCAUAUUUCCCUCUUCUGAUCUCGCGUUGCGUUUGGAUCGU